AAGGAGGAGGAGGCGGGGAGGGGAAAUUUCCUGCCCGGCUGCCGCCGCCUCGGCCCGGAGACCGCCUCAGCGUCCCGCGGCCGCGCCCUCCGCCGCUGUGCGGGGGCGCCGAGGGGCCCCGGAGCUGCCGGCGAGGGAACCGCCGAGGCGAGGUCCCUGAAGAAUGGCAUUUCGCUUCCUUCUGCUGCCCAGAGGCCAGUGCAGCUCCUGGUGAAAACCAGUCCAGGAUGGAACAUUCCUGCUGGCUCCUGCUGCUCUGUGUUAGCUUUCUGUCAGCACAAGCUUUGCCUCCCAAUGGAACUGAAUUACCCAAACCAACAGCAACAACAAACUCUACAGAGGAAAACCAUCUACACAGGGACCUCCUGACUUCCAUGCUGAUCCUGCUCCUGGUCUUCAUCAUUUUCAUCCUCUUGGCUGGGUAUUUUGUCAGGUUCAGAAGACACAGGAAAGCUGUUGUCAACUCUGGGGACAAGAAGAUGCCAAAUGGAAUCUUGGAAGAACAAGAACAGCAACGAGUGAUGCUGCUCAGCAGGUCUCCCUCAGGCCCAAAGAAGUAUUUCCCAAUCCCAGUAGAAAACCUGGAAGAGGAGAUCCGGAUGCGCUCGGCGGAUGAAGGGAAACUCUUCCGAGAGGAGUUCAAUUCAUUGACAUCUGGAUAUGUGCAGGGAACUUUUGAAAUGGCAAAUAAGGAAGAAAACAGGGAGAAAAACAGAUACCCCAACAUCCUGCCAUAUGAUCAUUCCAGAGUCAUUCUGACCCAAAUCGAUGGAGUCCCACCCUCAGACUACAUUAAUGCCUCCUAUAUAGAUGGUUACCGAGAAAAGAAUAAAUUCAUAGCUGCACAAGGACCAAAGCAAGAAACAGUCAAUGAUUUCUGGAGGAUGAUCUGGGAGCAGAAGUCAGCUGUUAUUGUCAUGUUAACCAACCUGAAAGAAAGGAAAGAGGAAAAAUGUCACCAGUAUUGGCCUGACCAAGGGUGCUGGACCUAUGGAAAUAUCCGGGUGUCAGUGGAGGAUUGCAUCGUGCUGGUGGACUACACCAUCCGCAAGUUCUGUGUGCAGUCUCUUCAGGAUGGCUGUAAAGCUCCAAGGCUCGUCACACAGCUCCACUUCACCAGCUGGCCUGACUUUGGGGUGCCUUUCACACCUAUUGGGAUGCUGAAAUUCCUGAAAAAAGUCAAAACACUGAAUCCUGCCCACGCUGGACCAAUUGUGGUUCACUGUAGUGCUGGCGUGGGUCGCACGGGCACCUUUAUUGUGAUAGAUGCCAUCAUAGACAUGAUGCACGAGGAGCAGAAGGUUGAUGUCUUUGAGUUUGUGUCAAGGAUCCGCAACCAGCGUCCCCAGAUGGUUCAGACUGAUAUGCAGUACUCCUUCAUUUACCAAGCCUUACUCGAAUACUACCUCUAUGGUGACACAGAGCUGGAUGUGUCAUCCUUAGAAAAACACCUCCAGACAUCACAGACUGCAGCACCAAACCUCGUCAAAAUAGGGCUAGAAGAAGAAUUUAAAAAGUUAACAAAUGUUCGAAUAAUGAAAGAAAACAUGAGAACAGGCAAUCUGCCAGCAAACAUGAAGAAAGCCAGAGUCAUCCAGAUUAUCCCCUAUGAUUUUAAUAGAGUGAUUCUGUCCAUGAAGAGAGGGCAGGAGUACACAGACUACAUCAAUGCUUCCUUCAUCGAUGGCUACCGCCAGAAGGAUUAUUUCAUCGCCACCCAGGGCCCCCUUCCCCACACGGUAGAGGAUUUCUGGCGGAUGGUGUGGGAGUGGAAGUGCCACACCAUCGUCAUGCUGACAGAAGUGCAGGAGAGGGAGCAGGAAAAAUGCUGCCAGUACUGGCCAUCAGAGGGCUCUGUAACUCACGGAGAGAUCACUGUAGAAAUAAAGAGUGACAGCCUGUUAGAUGCCAUCAGUGUGAGGGACUUUCUGGUUACGUACAACCAGGGUAACCAGGAGAAGCAGAGCAGGCUGGUUCGGCAGUUCCAUUUCCAUGGGUGGCCAGAGAUUGGGAUUCCUGCUGAAGGAAAAGGGAUGAUUGACCUGAUUGCAGCUGUCCAAAAGCAGCAGCAGCAAACAGGCAAUCACCCCAUUACAGUGCACUGCAGUGCUGGGGCUGGCAGAACAGGGACCUUCAUCGCACUCAGCAACAUUCUGGAGAGAGUGAAGGCUGAAGGGCUCUUAGAUGUCUUUCAAGCUGUGAAGAGCUUAAGACUGCAAAGGCCACACAUGGUGCAAACACUGGAACAGUAUGAAUUCUGCUACAGAGUGGUACAAGAUUUCAUCGACAUCUUUUCGGAUUAUGCUAACUUCAAGUGAAAAUUCCUGCCUUAUUUUUUAAUUUGUCUGUAUAAAUAGUUGUAUAUGCUGUUAAUUUAUUCCAUGUCAUUUUGAUGGUUGACUUUACUUGUAAAUAUGACCUUGUGUUUGCUCUAAAAAGUUGCGUUUGCUGUAUAAAGUUAUUUCUUAAAUAUAAAUACCUUCUAAAGCAAAGUAUAAUGUUUCGAUACAGUAUAUCACUAUGAGAUGGGAUAGAAAUCUUUAUUCUAAAUAGCAGUAAAUUAAUUAUUGAGGGUUCUAAUUCUUUGAAUUUUUCCACUUAGAAAUAUUUAUCAAUAAUAUUAUCUCCCAAUCCUUGGAACUUUACACAGGUGAUCAAUAUUUCAUACCAAGAAAAAAAAAGGUGAGUUGUGGUACAUAUUUUUUAAGCUAAACACGUUUUGGCCAUAAACCUUGCUUUCCUCUGAAAACAGAGGUUUAUUUGGGGACACAUUCUGAUAACCUGCUCAUGCUUAUCUGUAAUUAUUUCCUAGAUAGUCUCACUGAAAGCAAAGAGGCUGUUCAAGUGCUGUUAGUGAGAAUGGUGUCAGAAUGUGGCCCUCCAUGUGUAAUAGUGUACAGUCCAGCUCUGCAACAGAACUGCUUUAAAAGUCUCUUUUUAAGCACCUCCAGGUCGAUGGCAGUUCCAGUUUGAGUCUUACUGUCAAUAAGAUAUAAUCACUAUAACUACAGAUGUGAAUGUUUGAUUUGAUAGAGCUAUCAAAGGCCAGGGUUUUGGGUUUUUUCCCUAAUAUUACAGCAGCUUAAAUCAGCUUAGAAAAAGACAAUAAUGUAAGUUUACCACUAUUUUGAGGUUAUUUUGCAUAUCAGAAGAGUAUAUUUUUCAGCACCUGAGCUUGUCUACUUGAAGAGGCUUUAUAGCCAUGGGCAGAAAUGGAUUUAAAGCUUCUCUAUAUAUGUGUGCAUAGUUUCCCACUUCUUUGAGAAAAGGCAAAAAAGGUGGAGUCUUAUUCUUUGGUUCCACCCUACAGAAUAAUCAACAGUAUUUGCUAAAGUUAUGACAAACAAACCAAACCAAACCCAGACAUUUUACUAAGAGUGUAACACUAGCACUGUAGCAAAAAGCUCCUCUAUGUUUUUACCCUCCCAUAUAUAUAUAUAUAUAUUAUCAAAAGGGAAUGAUUCCUUUAUCUGAAAGGGAUGUAUGUCUGUGUAUAUAGAUAUAUUUUUAAUGAAAGUACUACUGAAAAUAUAAUUGGUGAAAUGAAGUUUUAAAGUCUUUAUCAUGGCCCUGAACAGGAUGUGCUUGGGGGAUUAGAAAAUCCAAAAAUCACAGGGCAUUAGAAUGUUGAAUAAUUAAAAAGUCUGUCUUCCACUCUGGAAAAUGCAUUUAGGAAUUAACGAGCGAAAACUCUGGCAACACCUACUCUAAUUCCAUAACUAAUAUGCAAGAGUUCUGUCUUCUCCAGUUGGUUUGGGUUUUGAUUUAUUUUUUUUCUUUCAGUGCCAAACAUAGAAGCCUUAUUUAAAAGGAGCAACUUCCACUUAUCAUUUCACCCUUGUUGUUGCACUGUUUUAUCCCCGUGGCCACUUUUUAUUUCUGGUGACAUUCUGUAACAAUGCAAGGAGAGGGGAAGGUGCCCAUCCCUCUCCAUGUCACAUGGAGACAUUUCCAAGCACACUGCUCUGAACGCUGCUGUUGGCUGCUUCUUGUCUUCCCACCAAUGCACUGCUGUAUUUAUUUGUACAGUAAAUUAUGCACUUAAAAAAAAAAAAAGGUUGUUUAAAGACUAAAAACCUGUGUUGUGAGUUGCUGUGGGGAGGUGCACUCGAGCUGCAGAAGGUGCUGAGUAAUAAAAUGAACGCUGGGUAAGUUUACAUUCCUGCUGCAUGCUGAGGUUUUUUCAGAUUUUUUUAAAAAGCCAUCAAAUAAAUUGGGUGUGGAACCCUCUGGAGUGGGGUUUUCAGUUUGCUCCUCUGGAGCACGGGGAGACUGAGGUGCAGUGAUGACAGAAAACAAAGCAAUGACAUUCCCACCCUUUCCCCAAGGGUCUGCUGGUAGCCCCAUUAGAUCUGUUCCAGCACUUAGCCUGCACUUGGGAAACAAUUUGCCUGUUGGACAGCCUUUUGGGUCCCUUAAAUAAAAGGUUGGGUUUGGAGCUGCCCCGUGAAGCAAAUGGCAGUGGGAUGUGAGGUGUUUGGGGAGCUGUGGCUGAGCUCCACCUGCCCAUGGGGCUGACUGACUGCUGCUCACAGCAAGGGGAAGUUCAGCUGGAAGCUAAGUGGGUACUCAGAUUUUUGUUGCUAAUGACAUUGAGAUGCCUAGGAGGAAGCAGAAAUACCUGCAGUGUAUUUCAGAACUCACAGAUAUAGCUACAUAUUGACUUUUUAAAAAAAAAAAAUAUAUAUACACAACUUGACAAGCCUGCUUUCCAGGGCUUGUGUUCAGUCUGCUGGCUGCAGCCUCCUAACUGGGAGCUGUAUCUCGGGAUAGGUUUCUAUGAGUUUUCUUUUAGGUUUUCCUAGGUUCCAUGGAGUGAAUUUAAAUGCCCAGUAGCUGAUUAGAAGGUGUACAUUCUGAUCUGUGAGGGGUUUUGGUCACUGUGUGACUCGAAUUUGUCUGUGUUCAUGUGUUGGGUGAAGUUCCAGUUCACCUCAGCAUUUAAGCAUUGGCUUUUGGGCUUCUCUGUGCCACCAAACUUUGAAGCACCAUAAGUUCUGUGGUCCUGAAGCAACCCCUUAAGUGCUUUGCUGACUUGGGCCUUUAUGAAGAAUGCAGGCUGUAAUUCCAAGUGGUUUUUAGGGUCUUUUUACGUAUCAGUUUUUUAAACUACUUUUAAAAGGAGCCCGACCACCUGCGUUCAGUGUUUUGAAAUGUUUUCAUUUCCCCAGGACCAUUUUUUUUUUAAUGUAAAGUUGUUGAAACUUUUCUGUAUAACCAAAUUGUAUUUAAUUUGUCAAAUCUUUAUAAUAUAUGUGUGUAUUAUACGGUUUCAGCUAUUACUAUUUUCUUUUAUUACAUUUAUAAUUUGAUCUUGCUGUGUUUUUAAUGCCGGUGAAUGUUGCUGAAUUAUUUGUAUAUGCAAAUUUCAAGAUCUAAUACAUUCUGAUGCGAGAACAAA